UCUCUACGUUCCUUUCCAUCACCGCGCUUAUGUUCGACACCUCUGCAGCCUGUGUCGUUACACCCAUAUCUUACUACAGGCUACCAUCAUCGACAUAAUACCUCGAAGGCGAACUGUGGGUAGAAGACAUACCAGCAUCUACAGCAACAAACUUAUUAUGUCUUCACAAGGUACGGUGGAGGCCAGGCAAAUACUAAUCAAUAUGUCCGCGAAGCGCUUUACUCUGACCGCCUGGGCACAACCUAAGCGCUUCCUCCUUGAUAUCUACGGAGACUCGGGGCUCAAAGAAUCACAUCGACUUGAGCAUUGUGAGCAGUAUCAUGUCAUCGUCUACUGCGAGCUUGCUUCUUCACCAGUUCAAUCAUUGUCGCACAGGGGUAAGGGGCGAAGCACUGGCGAAGCUCGAAAGUCAGAAUGCAGUAGGUGCCCUUGA